UCGAUAUGAAAAGGAGAUAAACCAAAAAAAUUUAGUAUACGUAAAGUUGUAGAGGGCAUUAAGUUAAUCAUAAGUUCAUAUUAAUUUAUCUAAAAUCAAUUUUUUAAUCAAGUAUCAAGGAGAAAAAAUAGUAUCUACGAUGCCUCAUAAAUCGGAUGAUCCUCGGCAAGUGUUGGCUGUUUUAAAUUCAUUAGGAUUUGUUGGUAUCACAGCAGAUCAAUUAAAAGCAUUUAUGAAAGAUCUAAAAUUGCUACGUAAAAUAAAAGAACGCGAACGUCAAGAACACCAAGAGGAGUUAAAGAAAAAAAUUUUUUGCAAACACCAGAAAGCAUUGGGAGAGUUUUUGAAUGAUGCUCCUAAUGGUAGUAAUUCUUCAGAUGAUUCUGUUAUAAAAAUAAAGAUAAAAUAUGUAUCUGAAUCAGAGUCUGAGGAUGAUGAAAAUGAUGAUAAAUUGUUACAAUUACGUCGACGCCGGGAAUCUCCAAGUCCGCGCCGAAGGCAAGAAAAAGUAUUCAAUGGAAACCAAAAAAGUUAUUCAGCGAGAUGUCAAAGUUAUGUUAAAAAAGACGAGACAUCUGAAAGAGUAAAAUGUUCUCGGGAAAGUGAAAAAUGUAAAUCAAAUCCAACUGUUGAUAAUCUACUUCCCGAGAGAGCUGCGAGUGCACCGGAAUUAUCAGGACAGAUAUCUCGACAAUCAAGAUCUAAAAGCGUUGCCUCUGACUCCACCAGAACAACUGGAGGAAUAUUGAGAAAUUCCUCUCGUAGUUUGUCUCGGACAAGACCUAAAGCAUUUAUCAGGCCGUGGAAAUUACAAACAGACCCAUCACGUCUUUCGCAAAAAACUAAAUCAGAUCCUGUAAUGCUUUACCACAAGUAUCAAAAAGAAUGGAAACAAAUAUCAUUCCUUCAAGAUAAUAAGCACGCCAAUGUCAGAUGGGCUGUGCGUGAGAAAAUGCUUGGAGGUGAUCCUACUCCUAGGCCAAUUUUAAAGAAAACCAGAAGUUCUCUCAGUGUUAAAAAAAGCCAAUAAUCUAUUGUAAAUUAUUUCUCAACGAUUUCUAUUUUUUAUCUUUAGUUUCAUAAAAAAUAGUCAUAAGUUUUUAGGUUUAGGCUGUAUUUAUUUUUUUUUAAUCUA